AUGGGUAAAAAGAAACUAGUGGAGACGCGUUGCUCACCUUGCUACAUUAACAACUUAUUUACCCACUUGGAACGACAUAAUGAGCAAGGUAAGUUAGCUGAGAUUGAGGCCAUUGGAUUUGAUUUCCUAUGUCGGGUACCACAAUGGCAUGUGAAGCAGAGCAUCAUGCUCCAAUUAGCAAGGGCCUAUGACGUGGAGACAGAUACUCUCAGGGUAGACGCCGGUGACAUUCACAUUUCUGCAGAACUUAUCGGCAAUGUAUUCGGCAUACCUUCUAGAGGAGAGCCAAUUCCCGAGCUGCAGAAAAAAGAUGAAUCACAUUUGGCAAUUAAGAGACAAUUUCAGAAGAAAACCACAACCCAACUGCGGGACUUUCUAUUUGCUUGUCCAAUGGAGACCGAGCAACAGAGAAGCAAUAAGGAAAUUCCAAUACGAGAACCGGGAAACAUGCGGGGGGUGCAUGUUUUGUACUUUCACCGAUUAAAGCAUGGUCCAUUGCAUGCAUGUAGAGUACCCGAGCCUUGGAUUGUUGAAUGGACCACGAAUGAACUUGAUAUGAAGGCCGACUAUGUUAUCUCACAGGGCUGCAUAAUCAACAAUGCAAGGAACCGGAGAAAAAAGAACAAGCAUUGUUCGAGUGAAUCAGUUAACGAGAGAGGACGGUGUAAAAGGACACGGACGGACACUAACCAAUCACCGUCUACCCAAGGGAAGACUUCACCUCAUCCAAGCUACAAGAAGGCGAAAAAGGGUUGCCUAGUCAACAAUUCAAGGAAAAGACACAAGAAGCAGCCUUCGAGUAAGGCAGUUAACAAGAAAGGAGGGUGCAGAAGGCCAUGCAAGAACACUGACCAAUUUCCGUCUACCGAAGGCAAGACUACAUCUCAGCCAAGAUACACGGAGACGGAUAAGGUGCAAUCCAAGACUGAAGGAUACGGUUAUUCCGACAGCACCCUCCGCCACAUGAAUCAAGACAAGAAGAUCCAGUGUUCAACGGCACUCAUGAAAGUCAUCAAGCUGGAAAAACUGACCUCAAAAAUGGAUCUCCACACACACCGCCAGCAACACCUGUACAGCUCAGUGACUAUGAUUUUGACCGUUUGCAGCGAAUUUGACAUCUCUAUCGUUCAGUGUCCUGAAUUUGACCAAGUUCUCAAUAAUGUUGAACAGGGACACCAAACCAAAGCCAUAAUCAUGCAACCCCUGCAAACGGUGUUUCCAAAAAGAUCACCCUAUCAUACACCGAGUCCAGGUAGACCGAGCUUUUCACUGGGUUUAACUCAGCUUGAAAAGACUCCAACCCCGUCCCCAAUACAUUCAAUUCAUCCAAGACUAAGAGAAAUAAAAUUGGGGGAGACUAAGGAGGAACAAAUCAGAACUUGGAUAGUUAACCCGUCAUUGGAUAAAAAUCAAGAUUUAGCUUCCUAUGAAGGGCAGGGCUAUAUGGUACUACAAAGGAAUGAUUUCUGGACCUUGAAACCCCGCAGUUGGGUAAACAGCUGUGUAAUUCAAUGGAUGUGUUAUUCUUUCAACGACACUCAAUCAUCUAGGUUCAAGCGAGAGUUCUAUUGCGUGUGUCCAGGCAUAUUGGAGUCAGUGAUAAAAAAUGAUAGUCUGAAAGCAUUUAUGGACGGUGUGGAACCAAUUUAUGAUGGUCUUAGUCCAAGCUUUGGUGAUGAUACUAGGUUCUUUGACAAAGUAGAAGCUGCAAAGAGAAAAUGGUGGUUAAUUCCUUAUUAUUGGAGGGGCCAUUGGUGGGUAUAUGCAUUUGAUGUGGUUGCGAAGCAUUUACUUAUUCUCGACAGUUUGCAUUAUGGCCCAGAAGAUGAUAAACGAAUAAAGCUCGAUGCAUAUGUGGGGAGACUAUGUGAGGAUAUGGCAAGCAUUUCUAUUCCUGCAUUUGUUCGGACUACGCAUGGCCCAGCUCAUUCGUACGCGAGGGUUCCAAAGCAACCGAACAACAUUUUAUUGUCCUGUAGCUUUGACUGUGGCAUGUGUGUCAUUAAGUUGAUGGAGAGUUGGACCGAAGAACGUCAACUUUGUGAAUGGGAUGAGGAUUCACUCCAAUCAGACAGGAUGGAGUUGAUGCUAGAUAUUAUUUGUGGCCCGCACAAUACAUUGGUCCACCAGCUCAUUUCGUUAUUGGAACAAAAGGUUAUACCUGUUCGUCGCAAUGAACCACGGAACAAGAAGAAGGACGUUCGUUCACCAUACACUGCACCUAGUACAGGGUCAUUGAUUGAACGUGCGGAGGGAUUACCGAAGGGGGCAAUGCGCAGAGGGAGGAAGAAGUUGCUUACUUAGUAUUAGUUACAAUGAAUUGAUCUACCAGAUUAUACUGAGUUUACUUACUGCUGACAUGCUUAAUGAUUUGUUAUUUUUCACAUUAGAAAGACCUGAUUCCAUGACAUUUUUUUUUCUACAGUACAAUGAUAUGUUGGUUAUGUUACCUAAAA